UCUAAUUACCAGCAAUAAGCCUUGGUUAUUGCAGCGUUGGGGUCAGUUGUGUGUUUGUCGCAUUGCUGAUAAGAUGGCUUGCAAGUCAGACAUAACAAACAAGGUUAAAAACUUUUUGAAGUCAGGUAUAUUUCACAUCUUUGGGAACACUGCACUUUCUCUAAUCCUUUAUGGAUUUGAAACGCUAAUGGAAAUGGAGGUAAACUGUCCCUGUGAUCAGAAUUUGAAACCCUACUACAUCGUUGUAACAUUCGUCUGCCCCGUGGUUGUGUUGCUUAUCAUUGGCUUCAUGCUGCAUUGUAGUUCAUUGAAAAAGUAUUGUAAACACAACAAGCUGAGCCAUUCAACUGUCCUUUCGGUGUUCAGCAUUUUAACUCCAGCAGUUGUAUGGAUUGCUCUACUCUUCCUGGAUGGCGAUUACUAUGCCUGCUCAAAAUUAAUUGGUAAAAAUGAAACUGAGUGUGGAUCGAAAUGCAAUGAGAAUCCCCGCGCAACUCAAGCACACCACUGCAUGAUAUCGCAAUUCAUCGGUGGUGUGCUAUUGGUCUUAUUUUUGCUUGUAUGGUGUCUCACCCACUGUCCUCCUUGCCAAGAUAAAGACCAGAACAUUGAAUAUAAGGUGGAGUAUGAAAACAUGUGUGAAAAGGAGACUGCAAAUCUGAUGAGGGGCAAACUGGAAGACAAAGCGUGUAAAGUCGCUGAAAACAAUUGUAAAAUUGCGAUGUCAAUGACAUUCCCUGAUGACACGCCAUCUCCUCAACAGAGACCAGGUGAAGGCAUUUCUUUGACUGUAAGACACCAAACCACUGAUGGAUAAUUUGCACCACUUACCCAGCAGCUAACAGAAUGGACUUUAUGAUGAAGAGACGCAUCACGAAUUAACCUUGUAAUGAACAAUCCGUAAAAGAUCAAUUUCCAAUUCCAUUUUAUGUGAAGGGAGGAGGAUCCAAAAUGAGAUUCCUCUUCUCACACAGAAUGAAGUCACAAACUGAUCUUUACAAAUUUUUAAUUACAAGCCAAUGUGUAUCAAUAUGCUACACAGUACAAUCAGAAGCUGAGAAAUUAAUUUCAAAGGCAGUUUAUUACCAAUCAUUUCUGAAAGUCUGUGAAGACAGAUGGGGCGCUGUAAUGUUGAGGGAAGAGAGAGGCAAGUGUUUCAGACCGUGUUCAAGAGAAUUUUGUACAGCAAUGUGUGUCCAGUCCAACAAGAAACCAGACACUGGGAAUGAGGAUAAGAUUAAAUUACAUAAAAUUUAGGAUGAAGGAGCAAAGAACAAUAUCCAAUCCAAAGGAAGAAUACGUAACUGGGAGAAAGCUAAUGUCAAUGGGGCAUGGACACAUCAGGCCUGGAUGGACCUGAAAUUCUGAAGGAACAAAACUUGCUGAAUAAUGGCAUAUCUUCAAAAAAUGAGAUGAUUCGGAUAGAGUCAAGGUGUAAUACCUGAAAAGACUAAGGAGAGGCAAACAAAUUCAGCACUCCUUGGAUGAAAAAGCAAUAAACAAUAAAAAUAGAGGAAAAAAAUAUUUGCUUAUGACAGGUGACUUAAAUCUAUAAAGGUGCUGGAACAGGGACUCUGUGCUGAGUACUGUUUGAGUGUUGUUUUGGGAUGGCGUACAAGGUGUGAUAUAUUCAAAGAGUAUUACAGUGCAGAGAGGAGCCCUUUGGUCCAUCAUGUCUGUGCCAGUCAUCAAGCACUGUUUCCUAGCACUUGGUCCUCAGCCUUGCAUGUGAUAGUGUUUCAAGCAUUCAUCAAAAUACUUCUGAAAUGUUGUGAUGGUUACUGGCACUAUUACCCUUUGCGGCCUUUCCAGAUACCCAACAUCCUCGGGGUGAGACAGAAAAUCUCCUUAAAUUGCCUCUAAAUCUGCUAGUCCUAACCUGAAGUCCAUACCAACGGGAUUGGAACCCUCUAUGAAGAAUAGAUUUGUUUUGACCCUAUCUAUUUCACCUAUAUCUUUUACAUCUCUACAGCCACUCUGUCAUUGGAGAGAGAGAUGGCUGCUGCUGAUUUAACUUGAUGGUCAGCGUGCCUCAGGCAAGGGGAGAGACUGAAAGGGAAACUCCUUCAUGAUAAGAGAUAAUGGGAACUGCAGAUGCUGGAGAUUCCAAGAUAAUAA